UCCUACCUCUCUCUCCAGGUGUAGUGUCUUCUCCCUCGCUGUCUCCUAGACUCCUCAACGUCCUACCUCUCUCUCCAGGUGUAGUGUCUUCUCCCUCGCUGUCUCCUCGACCCCUCAACGUCCUACCUCUCUCUCCAUGUGUAGUGUCUUCUCCCUCGCUGUCUCCUCGACCCCUCAACGUCCUACCUCUCUCUCCAGUUGACGGUGCGGUAGCUCCAGAUGUGAUGUGUUCGUAUCCUCCUGGAUCUCUGUCUGAUUGUGCCAGCCAAGCCCAGUCUCCCCCCUCUGCCUCCCCCCUCUCCCCCAGGACAGAGGAGUAUAUUCACCAAGCCAAGGCUCACCUGAGGGGAAUGUGCCAGGAGAUGGAGGCGGGCCUUAGCCUGGCGUCCCACUAUGUUGACGUGCGAUUGGUCCAAAGGCAGAUCCUGAUUGGCUCAGGGAAGAACGCCAGCAAGUGCCUGGAGAAGGAUCUGGUCGUCAUCGGAGACGCGGAGAGAAGGCGGGGUUCGUUGGCCAGGAGUCAGGUGUUCGAGAGCUCCACCGGGGCGAAACCCAACCGUUACACCGUGUUGCUAGGCAACGCCGGCAUGGGCAAAAGCACGCUCAUCAAGAAGCUCUGCGUCGAUUGGUCCGACGGUCUACUGCCUCAGUUCGACUUUGUGUUCUUAUUGGACGUUAAGGCUCUGACCCUCCCCCCUGAGCCGACCUAUAGCCUUCAGUCCCUCCUCUUACACCACUCCUCCUCCCCCGUCCCCUCUACUUGUCCCCAAACCCGGGAUGUCUUCAAUCAGGUCCUCUCUGUCCCGGAGCGUGUGCUGGUGAUAUUCGACGGCUUCGAGGUGGUGCGUGACUUGGAGGGUCUGCUGCAGUUUCCAGCGGAUGACAGGAAGGGGGAGACCUACAGCGUUAGACAGCUGUUCUCAGGUCUGCUCCAGAGGAAGCUCCUACCGGGCUGCUCUCUGCUCCUCUCUGCCCGACCACGAGGCACCGUCAGUGGGCUGCUGAGACGGGCUGACAGCCUCCUGGAACUCUCUGGCUUCUCCCCUCCGGACAUAGAGAGAUACCUGGGACAAUACUUCUCUGGACAGUCCCUAGAGGCACCAACCUCAGGCCCAACCUCAGUCCCAACCUCAGUCCCAACCUCAGACUCAGUCCCAACCUCAGUCCCAACCUCAGACUUAGUCCCAGCCUCAGACUCCAUCCCUGUCCCAACCUCAAUCCCAGCCUCAGACCCAGCCUCAGACCCAGCCUCAGAUCCAAUCCCAACCUCAGUCCCAACCUCAGUCCCAACCUCAGACUCAGUCCCAGUCCUAGUCCCAACCUCAGUCCCAUCCCUAGUCCUAUCCCUAGCCAGGCUCCACAGCCAGCCUUACCUUCUGUCUGUGUGUUGGAACCCAGCGCUGUGUCACAUGGUGUGUUUGCUUCUAGAACACUGGGAGGGUUCCGAGCCACUCCCCUCCACGCUGACGGGAUUGUGUUACAAAGCGUUGUCACUAAAGACGAGACGACACACCCUGAAACACACACACUGUCAAACCCUACCCCAAACUCGGACCCUGGCACACACUCACACCCUUAAACACGGUCACAAACACGUCCCUAAACACACACGCAACAGGACACGAACGCACAUCCACACUCGCUCUCACACUCAAUCCCAAAUUCAAUUAGAAGAAGAGAAGAGGAGGAUAGAGAUGAGGGAGGAGGAAGAGAGGGAGGAGGGAGAGGAAGAGAGAGAGAAGGAGAGGAUAGAGACGAGGGAGGAGGAAGAGAGGGAGGAGAGAGAGAGGGAGGAGGGAGAGAAAGAGAGAGAGGAAGAGAGGGAGGAGGAAGAGAGAGAGAGAGAGGAAGAGAGAGACAACAGGUGUGUUCUGUCAGAGUUGAGCGGUCUGGCUUGGCAGGGGGUUAAAGGUCAUUCAUCUCUCCUGACCCUGACUCUGGAGAAUACCGUCUAUGUCAAGCUGCGUCUGUUUGGCCUGAGGACCGGACUGGUCCAUUCUCACUGGCAGGGCAGAGAUUGUGGCGGUGGUGACGGUGACGACGUGAGUUCUGACAACAUCCUGUCCUGGGCCCACCCUUUCCUGCAAAGCUUCCUGGGCGGGGCUCACCUGUCCGUCUCCAGCUGUGUGUCUGACCGCGCUCUGCUGGCCCAGAUAUUACCACAGCCCAGGGGGAGGCGACGGCCUCAGGGAGAGUGUCUGGACCUUGCUCAGCGAUUCGCUGUCGGGCUGCUUUUCCGGGACAAGGCGGAACUCCAGGAUCUGGCCGCGCUGGAUACCGGCGCCAUGAAAGUGGUGGUGGCCAAGCGUGCCGCUGUGAUGUCACACCUGGAGAACCUUCACCAUGGCGACCUGAGCCCCGCUCGGCUCCUGGAGGCGUGUCACUGUGUUUACGAGACAGGCGACGCCCGCUUGGUCAGACACCUGGUACGGAACCUUCCCGAGGUUCUGUCGUUCCAAGGGGUUCCGCUGUGUCCCGCGGAUGCCUUCGUAGUGUGGAACCUUUUGGACCAGUGUAGAACGCUGAGGAGGAGGUUCUGUCUGGGGCUGGAGGACACAGGACUGAGGAUGACAGGAUUAAAACGACUGACAGGUCUCAACAACAUACACUCAUACAGGGCGUGCAUCGCUGACACCAUCACUCUGUGGGAGGAGCUAGAGCAGAGUGGGGAGGAGGAGCUUCUGAAAGCAGCUGUUUCUAAGUUGACCCUUAACCCUUUCAGAGCCACACAGGUGUCCCACGUUCAACACCUGUCUACACUGGUCAACAUACACACAAGCAGGAGACUGUCUGAGAGCCUAUCAGACGGUGUCCUGGGGGAGGGUAUACCUGCAGUCAGAGAUCUUCACAAGCUGGAGUUUGAGUUGGGUCCAGUGAAUGGCCCGCUGGCCCUCCCUAAACUCCUGGAGCUGCUGCCAGCCCUGCACAGUCUACAUCACCUGGAUCUGGAGAACAGUAAGCUGGGGGACAGUGGGGCUGAGGAUCUGGCUGGAGCUGUGGUGUCUCUCUCCUCUCUGCAGAUUAUCAAUCUGUCCCAGAACUGUAUAGGAGACCAGGGAAUAGGGAGGCUGGCUCCAGCCCUGUCUACCCUCUCCUCACUGCACUGUCUCAGUCUGUACAGUAAUGUGAUAUCUGACGCGGGUGCUGAGAGUCUGGCUGCUGUUUUACCUCAGAUGACAUCACUCAGUGACCUGGAUGUCAAGUACAACAGUUUCACAGCCCUGGGAGCUCAGAGUUUGGCUUCCAGCCUGAGGGACUGUCCAUGGAUCAAGAGUCUGGGGAUGUGGAAUGUGUGUAUUCCCUACGGAGUGUUAGAGAGACUGCAACAACAGGACCCACGGAUACAGCUGCUCUAGAACAUUGUUCUAACAGAACCCCAGAGGAUAGUCACUCCUAGAACAUUGUUCUAACAGAACCCCAGAGGAUAGUCACUCCUAGAACAUUGUUCUAACAGAACCCCAGAGGAUAGUCACUCCUAGAACAUUGUUCUAACAGAACCCCAGAGGAUAGUCACUCCUAGAACAUUGUUCUAACAGAACCCCAGAGGAUACAGUCACUCCUAGAACAUUGUUCUAACAGAACCCCAGAUGAUACAGUCAC